AUGUCACCUCUGAACAGACAAGGUACAAAAAGUGUCCAAGAAUCCCACGCACGGGAGCGCGGCGGGCGGAGGAGCGCGGCAGGCGGAGCGCCGGGAGCGAGGUGGUACAGACAUGGACCGCGCGGCGAGCAAGGUCUGCUGAAGACAGAGCCAGUGGCCGAGGAAGGAGAGGAUGCAGUCACCAUGCUCAGUGCCCCAGAGAACCUGUCAGAGGAGGAGCAAGAAGAGCUGAGACGGGAACUUGCUAAGGUGGAAGAAGAAAUCCAGACUCUGUCUCAAGUGUUGGCAGCAAAGGAGAGACUUCUUGCAGACAUCAAGAGGAAACUUGGGAUCAGCUCGCUUCAGGAAUUUAAGCAGAAUAUCGCCAAAGGGUGGCAAGACGUGACCGAGACCUCUGCAUACAGGAAGACGUCUGAAACAACUCAGGCUGGACAGAAGGCUUCUGCUGCAUUUUCAUCGGUUGGCUCAGUCAUCACCAAAAAGCUGGAAGAUGUAAAAAACUCCUCAACUUUCAAGUCUUUUGAAGAAAAGGUUGAAAACUUAAAGUCUAAGGUAGGCGGAACCAAGCCUGCUGGUGGUGAUUUUGGAGAAGUCCUGAAUUCCACAACGAGCGCUACCAGUGCCAUGUCCACGGAGACACCUCUAGAGCCCACGGAGGAGAGUCCCUGAGUUGCUGACCUGUGUUUUGCUGCCCACUGCCAGGUGCUGCAAGUGAGAUCCAAGCACAUCUUGUUCAUGGCUGCAGAUUUCGACCAGAUGUGCUUUUAUUUAGCUUUACUUAUUUCUUUGACCAAAUAGUUUGUGAAUUAAACAAAGUGAAAGCACUUUCACCUCCACCCCAGGGAAACCCCCUUUAGUGUUCAUGAAUGCCCCUUUGGAUAGGAAACAGCAUCGCAGAGCCUCGGGUAGUCCCGAGGGAGGCACCCACUGAAUGACAGGAAGCUGCAGGUGACCACUGCGGUUUUACUUAAAAAAUCACUCGACAUUUGGGAUUCUAGUUUGAUCCUUUCCUAUACGAGUCAUUUUUUUUUUCCUUUUUGAGUCUCUGUAUACUUGAUUUGUAGCUAAAAUUGUUCUUUUGUAAAUUCUGGUUAUUACACGUUUUGGGAUCAUUUUGUUACUUUUAAGGGAGAAAGCACCAGCUACAUUUUUUUUUUCCCUUGGAUAAACAGUUUUUGUAUGAGGACCAUAUCUUGGGUUUCUGAACACAUCAAACUAAAGUAGACAGGUGUAUAUGUACUUCAGCAGUUCUGUAAGUUAAGUUUAUGCAGAAACUCAAACUACCAGUGCCAUGAGUAUGGAUGGGGUCCCCUCCUAUAUCCUUGGUAAUUAUCAGCUACCAUUUCAACAUAUUGGUUAUUUAUUAUGGCACUCUUACACGUUUUUUAUAAGAUUCAAAUUUAAUUUCAGGUAAAUUGACCUAAUAACAUUGUGUAAGUUGAAAUGUGACCACACUCGUCACUGAUAAUUCCAAAAGUCUGAAAAGUCUUUGGGUCUAGAUAGCUGUAAAAAAUGCUAAAAUCGAUCAUCUUAGGGGAAAUUACUGCCUCCAUCAAAUCCAUUUAGCACCCAUUACGAAGCACAGAAAGUUCUAUGAGAAAUACAACUUGAAUAUUUUUUAUACUAAGGUAUUGUUGAUAACUCCGAAGGAUGUAAGGCAUUAAUACAAAUGAGCUCAUCAUGCUGUACAUGUUUUCAGUGUGUUAGCAAUGUAAACUGUACUGUAGGCAUCGCCCCUGCUUGAGAACCCGUGGGGCUUGCGAGUCAAAGUUUCCAGAUGUCUCUGCUUCGCUCCUUUUUAUUAACUGUGGUAACUACUGACUCACCACCAUUUCCUUCUGCUGUGUUUAUGGCCUAGGAGGUUGUAUCUGUUAUUUAUCUAUUGUGGUUGUUUUAUCAUUGUCCAUGCCAAAUGUUAAUUGCCAAGCUUGGAGUGACCUAAAGCAUUUUUCAAAAGCAUGACUAGAUUUAAUUAAGGAUGAAGUUUCUGCAAACCAAA